AUACGAAUGUACACAUACGAGGUUAGCAAUUCUGAUAGGAAACUACAUAUGCACGUAUGCGUAUAUGUGUACAAGUAUUGAUUACGGACACGUCAGGCGUAUCAGCAACGUUGCAUCAGAAAAGAUCAAGCUAAAAUUGCGAGCAACGUGCAAAUAUAGGUUAUGUAUAUUAUUUUAAACCUAAUUUAGGUGUACUCUAGAAUUUCAGAAAGGAUAAUCAGCUGAAACUGUUUAAUAAAACGGAAAAUGUCCGGAAAGGAAGACAUAGAUUCGUCGCCGGAUGCUAUUUACACAUCUCAGAAGAAUGGAAACGAUGAAACAGGCGAUGGUUCAAAAUGUAAUCCUUUCAAAACAGUAUUGAACGCAAUGCGAUACGCGGGAAAAGAACCAUUUCCUCCAAUUUAUCAGGACUCUAAAGACAAUACCGAAAAAUAUGAUCUAGUUUCGAAAUCUCAGUUAAAGAAAGUACAAAAAAUAUGGUCGAGAGAACAAUAUAAGAACGAAGAUAAGCAAAAGAAGUUGCUAGAGGACGAGGAAAAGAGGUUGAAGAACUUGGAAGAGGCUAAAAUGAUUGUAAUUAAGCAGGACGAUACUUUGGAACCCGCUAAACUUAUAAAAAUUAAAAACGGCAUAGAGUAUAGGGGUCGGCGUGUAAAACUUUUCGGAUGGGUGCACAGACUUAGACGUCAAGGCAAGGCUUUGAUGUUCGUUACAUUGAGAGACGGAACUGGAUUCCUGCAGUGCGUAAUCAACGAUAUCUUAUGUCAGACGUACGAGGCGUUGACGUUAUCUACAGAAGCAUCCGUCGAAGUAUAUGGAAUUCUCGAAACCGUGCCGGAAGGCAAAAAUGCUCCGAACGGACACGAAUUACACGUAGACCAUUGGAAAUUAAUUGGCGCAUCUCCUGCCGGUGGCGCGGAUUCUAUUUUAAACGAGGAGGCUCAUCCGGAUGUUCAACUGGAUAAUAGACACAUCAUGAUACGCGGUGAAAAUACGUCUCGUAUACUGAUGAUUAGGUCCAUUUUGAUACAGACAUUCAGAGAUCAUUACCACGAUAGAGGAUAUUACGAGGUUACACCACCAACGUUGGUACAGACGCAAGUGGAAGGUGGAUCUACGCUGUUUAAAUUAGAUUAUUUUGGGGAAGAAGCAUUUCUAACUCAAAGUUCCCAACUAUACCUCGAGACUUGUAUCCCCGCGUUGGGCGAUGUUUAUUGUAUCGCCCAGUCUUACAGGGCCGAACAAUCCAGGACCAGGAGACAUUUGGCAGAAUACACGCAUAUAGAGGCAGAAUGUGCGUUCAUCACGUUCGAAGAAAUGCUCGAUCGUUUGGAAGAUCUAAUAUGCGACGUGGUGGAUCGCGUUUUAAAAUCACCUCUUGGACACUUGGUGAAGGAAUUAAAUCCAGAUUUUCAAGUACCGAAGAAGCCUUUCAAAAGGAUGAAUUAUUCCGAGGCGAUCGAAUAUCUUCGGAAGAACGACAUUACCAAAGAAGACGGAACAUUUUAUGAAUUUGGAGAGGAUAUACCCGAAAUGCCGGAAAGGAAAAUGACCGACGCGAUCAACGAACCGAUAAUGCUCUGUAGAUUUCCUGCAGAAAUAAAGUCAUUUUAUAUGCAACGUUGCGCGGAUGACGAGCGCCUCACAGAAUCGGUAGACGUGCUCUUACCGAACGUCGGUGAAAUUGUUGGCGGUUCGAUGCGUGUUUGGGACCACGACGAAUUAAUGGCAGGCUAUGCUCGCGAAAACAUCGAUCCGAAGCCAUAUUAUUGGUACACGGAUCAGCGAAAAUACGGAAGCUGUCCUCACGGUGGAUACGGAUUAGGACUGGAAAGAUUUCUAUGCUGGCUCCUGAAUCGGUACCAUAUACGCGAGGUAUGCCUCUAUCCGCGCUUUUUAGAACGUUGUCGACCUUGAAGAAUCGAACGAACGUAUCCGAACGCAUAUUAUUCCACGCGCAUUUAACCUAUAAUCUCACCGGACAAAUGUAUACAUUAGAUUGUGAAAUAUAUUAAUAAAAUUGAUAUCUUUCCGA